UGAUUCGCUCGCUCGCAUUUCAGCUCAGCUCCGCUGUUCUGUGUUUACUACUAGGCAGCUAGCAUUCAAGCAGCGGGCUGCUGACUGAGGUUCAGUUCUCAGUUGUUUUUCGUGUCGGAAAGUUGUCACUCGAGCGGCUACUCCCGAGGAAGCAAACACUUCUCUCUAGCAUAUUCAGAGGAUAAAAACUCUGUGGUGUCUUUUCUUGAAUGGGAUACAAGUCUGUUUUGCAACAGGAGAUUUUUUGAAUGAAAAACCAUCGAUUCCAGUCUCUAGGAGGCGAAAAUCGUCCGCAAUUCAAGCGGUGCAAACAAUAGAUUGUGCGUUGCUUUCAUUGUACCCCGUUGUCCGUUGUUUUUCUUUAUGAGGAAAAGUAUAGAUUUUUCUUCCUGAGAUUUAUCAAUGAAAGCUUAAUGUGAGUCGCCUCCGUUUUUCAAACGUUGGAAAAUCUGUUAUUCUGGAAUCAUCAAGUGCAUUUCCUAGUGUUUCAAGAAAUCGUUUGUGUUCUAUUCGUUGUGAUCUGCGUCAGUGUAAACUUUGGCCCUAGGCAAGUCCAAGGCCGAUCCAAUUAAGUCGAAAUCGAGUGUGAAGUGAUAUCGAAAAGAGGAAAAAAACUAGUUACAGAAAACUGGAGUCUGUCUCAUAGUGCGGGGUUGAUUGUAUUCCAAGCUGACGAACCUUGGAAUCGCUGUGUGUCCAUCGUGCAAAAUAUGAUUUGGAGCAAGUCUCGUGCGAGCACAGUAAAUCACGGUGAAAAUGUAUCGACUAAUAUUGUUGAUGUGAUGCACUCAGCUCAGCUGGCCGUUGUCAACAUUAUAGAAGCAGAAGCUGAAGCAGCGAAGCAACCGGAAGUGAACUUGUUACCUUUGGUGCACCGUAGUUAUCUGGCAGGGCAACAGGGUAGUGAAGCUAUUCAAGGCCUACUGUUGGCGGAAGUCUGCAGGAAAAGCUUCAUCAACGCAGCCUACUACAAUCUGGACAAGGUUCUAUCGUGAAGAUCUGUCGAUAUCUACGCCGCGAAGAGCGAAGAAGAGAAAGCAAGCAAUCGGAAGCCGCGGUUGAGGAGAAAACGGAAAGUUGUUGGUUAAAAGCCGCCGAAGAAGAGGCAAAACCCCCGCAGGCAAGCAGCCAGUGUGUUGAAUGUGUACAAUAGAAAGCCUCAAGACGAAAUUAUUGCGAGCCAACAAAGUGAUAAAGUAAAACUUGUUGAGAGUAAAAGUUGUUACGAAGCAACGAAGCGAAGUGGGAAACCUGUUGAAAGAGAGAAUCGAAAAAUCGUGAUCGAAGCUUGUGAAGCAACGUAUACAAAAAAUAGCAGUAAAAGAAGAGCAUUCAAAAUAAAAUCGGAGAAAAAAGUAUCUACGAUUUUUUCUUAUUAAAUUCAGUUAUAUUUUGACGUCAUCAGUGUCCAAGUGUUCUGCGAGUGCAAAGUGCGAGCGGGAGUUCCGUCAAAAGUCUGAUCACUUAUGAAAAAAUACUUCCUGAACAAAAUGUCGACCGGCAAGCGCUUGGCCAAACGCUCCAUCAUUGGCACCCGGGUCUGCGCCCCCGGUGCCGAUGGCAUCUGGUACUCCGGUACCAUCCAGACUGUCAAAACGAACCAGAAGGACAACACCAACUGUAUCAAUCUGACGCCGAAUACGCGCUACUCGGUGCGUUUCGACAGCAAGCUGGACACGGCGAAGCGUGGACUGGCCCGGGAGUUCCGCGAGAGCGAACUCAUCGGACCGGGCUUCAAGACCAUCAUGGACGUCCGGCUAAAACCGGGCCAGAAGGUCUUCCUCACGUACAAUGGGCGCGAGAGCGCCGGCGAAGUGCUGCAGCACGAUGACCUGAAAGACGAGGUUACCGUUAAGAUCGUUCCCGUUGGACAAGAGGUAUGCAAACAUCCUACUAACGAUGAUCAGCCUCUUCCCGCUAACGCCCCGAUCGAACUGACGAAGCGUCUCGAAGAGGUUCGCCUGCUGGAGUCGCGCCGUUCGCCGCGGCUCGCCGAUCAGGAGAAGGACACGGACUUUGCCCGGCUGGCGGACAUGGCCGGCGACCGCCGAAGACAAUCACACAGCAUCGAUGUGCCAUUCUCACUCACGCAACAAAAUGGAUCUCGUAAACGACGCCCCUCAUACUCACAGGACGAUCGGGAAUAUUACAGUAUUAACAACGACGACCAGAUGGACGAAUGCAACGCUGCCCUGGUACUUAUGAGUCUGUCCUGCUCACCGAACUCUUCCGCGCCGGGUUGGGAGCCCAUUCUGGGAACCAGCUCCGGCAGCAGCAGCACCUCGUGGAGCACCGGUUCGGCCACACCGCCACUCAGCGAGGAUGGACAUUCCACGUCACCGAACGUUAGCACCAGUAGCAGCAGCAGUAGCGGCAUCGACAGCAAUGGUGGCAGUCCACCAAGCAAUAAUAACAACAGCAACAACAACAACAACGUCGUCGUCACCGUCAAUAACAAUAACAACAACAACAACACCAACACUGCCAACGCCAACGGUACCACCAAUGACAUUGUGAUUCGCGGUCCCCGGACCAAAACGAUCUCCACCUCGGACGAGGGCAUCGGAAUGGACUACAACGAGGAUAUGCCACGGAAGCGACGGGCAAGCCAACCAAUCUACAAAUGCACCUGGAAGGGUUGUGGCGUCAUCUACACAUCUUGUUCUGAGGUCACCGCUCACGUACGAAACGCACAUCUAGGUCCCCGCAAACCGGACGAGGACAGCGACGAGGAGGAUUUCUUCUUCACCGAAAUUGAGGAUGAGAGUGACAGUGGCCUUAGUGCACCCCAUCCACCAUCGCCACCGACUCUGAGCCACCGCGACAUGGCUCGACCCCCACACGAGGAUCCGGAGUACCAACGGCAGCUGGUUGGUACCUACCGGCAAGGGCUGCUCUCGAUGUCCUCCCAGCAGCAGUCCGCUCUACAGCAGCAUCCCCAUCUGCAGCACUAUGGCCAGCAGAUGCAGCCGCACCAGCAACAGCUCGGGGCCGCCAUCAAACCGCCACUGCCAGGGCACCAGGCCGCCCAACUCCAUCUCCACCAUCAGCAGCAGCAACAACAGCAGCAGCAGCAGCAGCACAGUCUGAACAACAACAAUAACAACAGCAACAGCAGCAGCAACAACAAUGCCAUCAGCCAACAGGCGCCGGGAAGCAAUGGCAGCAGCGGCAGCAGUAAUGGCGGCGGAAGCGCGGCCGUCCUCCCGCACAGCAACACGUCGCCGCUGAUACACCACAACUACACCUGGUCGCAAGUUAGUCCGACCUCGCCCCAGAAGCACGUCCGUCUGUCGCCCCGCCCGUCCUACCCGUACCCGUCGCCAAACUACUCAAACCAAAUAGCUCAACAACAUCACUACCAGCAGCAGCAGCAGCUCAGCCAGAUCCAGCUCUCGCCCGGCGGCACCAACUACCACCAGCAGUCCGCACUCAGCGCCCUCAGUGGUUCCGGCUCGGCCGGUCAGGUGCAAUCGCUGAACGGUGCCGGUCCGUUUGUUACGCCAGGGUCCAGCCCUGGUUCGGCCGGAAGCAACCGUUCACCCCUGUCCCCCAAUCGCCGGACGCGGGGCGAGAACAAGAAGUGCCGCAAGGUAUACGGCAUGGAUCACAAGGAUCAGUGGUGCACCCAGUGCAAGUGGAAGAAAGCCUGCAGCCGCUUCGGGGACUGAUCGUCCAAGUCGCGCAAGCCACCGCCGUCUACAACGGCGUCGGCGUCAGCCCUUUCACCGCAGUCGCAGCCUGCUGCGCUAACAGCGCCACUAGCGGCUGCGAGUGCAAACCACCACCACCAGCACCAUCAACAACAACAACAACAUCAGCAGCAUCACAGCAGCAACCAUCAGCACCGGCUACAGCAGUCGGUCUGAUGCGAGCGUGGCGGACGAGUUGCGCGCUAGGCGUAAAUGGUUUAGUGAGAGCGAUUAGUGCGCGUCGGCAUAUUAUGCGUGUGUGUGCGUGUGCUAGUGAGCGAAUGCGCGCGCGCAUGCUCUGUGUACAUAUUAUAAUAAACGUGAUAUAUUUUAGCGAAAAGGUUCAAGCAACUGUGUGUAUAUGGGAUAAAGACAGAAAAUGACAGAAAAAUGCGAAAAAAUUGUGGACAUCAAUUCGUAAAGAGAUAGUUUGUAGGUUCUAUUGAGUGUAAUAAUGUUAGCUAUUUAUAUUCGCAGCCGGCGUAAGUGGAAAAGUCGCAGACCGAUAUCCGAUAAAUGUACAGAAGCAGAGGCAGGUUUGAAACGGAGCAUGAUUAAUGCGCAAAAGCACUACACACUAAGAAAAAAAAACACUGAAACCGGAGACCGGCAACAAAGGCAACGUAGCAGAAAGAGAAGCGUAUUUUUGUAUCAACAAACCGCAACAACUACUACUAUAAGAAGUACUAAAGCAGAACAAUAGUGUGACCCUAAGAAAAACCAAAAUUCAUCCUGCACGUUGUUACACUCUUUAUACUUUCCGUAAUUAACGCUCCAACGCCGUUGAAAACUGAUUUUACUCUCAUCGAAAAGGAAAAACAAAGUUUACAAGCUUCAAGUUGCAACUGCAUGUGAUUUUUAAAACUGUUAUAAGUACUCACUGUAGAAAUAUUUUUCAUGGAAAAGUAAAUCGUACUAAAACGCAAGCAUCGCUGUUGUUCGAACUAUUCUUUUUUGUUGAUUUUUGGACUAUGCCUAUUAUGAAACACAAGUGCGCUAAAUGUUGUACCGUGUUGAACGGUUUUUCUCCAGUCUACCCGUCUCUCUCUUACACAAACACACAAAUUCAAUUGCAGUGCAGAAGUGAAACACAUACACAGUAAGCAAAGUGAAAUUCAAUGUAAUCGACAUCUGGCAGUGUUGGCAAACAUCCAAGUCGACAGUCGAACGAUUCCAUUCCAUCACCCGAAAGAACAGAAAAAAACACUAAACCAGGAACGUGCGCGCUACGGACCCGAACAGCAAAGAACAGGAAAACCAAACCAAUUGGCUAUUGAAUGAUUGUCUAUCUCUUUAUAGAAUUACUUGAAACAAGCGGAAAAAAAGUUUAAAAUUGAGUGAAAAAUUCGUAAAAACGACAUCCGUAAUUAAUAGAAAAAAAAAAAUGCAACAAGACUUUUAAAGGCUGAUUUAGUUUUUAAUGAACAAAAAAUACCAACACGCAAAAUGAUGGAACAACACCACACCAGCAAAUGAAAACAUUCCCCCCGGAGGGAAUUUUAGUGAACAAAGAACUGACCAUCAUAUCAAAGCGUGCUCUGCUUCGGUGUCGACACAUUCUUGACAACAGGAACGCACACACUCACACCCGCCUUGCGGCACGAAUCGCCACGUGCCGCUGUGAAUAAACAUAACAUCACAACCAACAACAAAAAAACAUCAAACUGCGUCAGGGUGUGCGUUGGUGCGCGCUAAAAUGCGAAAUUUAGUGUGAAGCGAAAAAAAUGCGAAUAAAACCACUGCCAAUAAUGUUAAAAAAUAAAUUGAAAAAUACAAAAAAUUACAUUAAACUCUACAUUGAAGCGAAAACAAGCAAACCAUUUAAGUAAAGUAACAAAUACUAUCGACUAAUUAGUGCGAUAUGCCGUGAAGGAAGCGGAAAAAGCAAAAAAAAAAUCCAAUCGAUAACGUAUGUGUAAACCCUACUCUUUGACGUGUUUUCCAUGGUAAGCGGUUAAGCAAAUAAACAUCUCAAUAUAAGUCAAACUCUAGUAGACGGCGACAUUAAACUAUAAAGAAACGCUCUCGUCGAAGUGACUCUAAGAUUUACAACAAACAAAAACCAAGAGUGGAGACAACCUGCAAGUUAAGGCGUAAUUUACGUAAUUUUUAAGAGACACGGGUGCAAGUGUGAACCUAAGGGGUUGUUCGAAAAACUUACUUUUUUGAAAAGCAAACAGUUGUGUGUGACAACAGCAAGGAAAAUGUGAUAUUUUUUUUCUGAUAACGAACGAACGUACGGUUCUACCCGCGUUGCCCUCGUGUUAGAGAUUCCCGAUCAGCAAGGUUUUGUUUCUCGUUUGCGUUAUGGAAUUUACCGGGGAAGAAGUGUCUCGAAAACCAACAAUGAACCGCCAAGCUAAGCGCUGCAAUGAGUUUUGUUCUGUGAUACUGGCAACACUUUUGCUCCGUACUCGCUCCUCGGUGAGAUGAGAGGGCUCUUGGGGCAGGGUUGGGCGCGAAGAAGUGUCGGGACUUCUUCCGGUUACUGUGAAAUGGAAAAUCAGACGCAAUCAAGCCGCGUGCGCUUCCUAUUCUGUGAUAAACGGGUUCUCUGUUGUUAUUUUUUUUCUUUUUAAAUUAUAUAAUUUUUGGGAAAUGUUUGCAAUUUGAAUUUUAAGUGUAGUUGUAGAGGUUGUGUUCUUUUUCGAAACUGAUCUAGUCGCCUUGGGCGAAUUGUUUCUUUCACCAGGCAGUGCUGCAUUGUUGCCAAAUUUUAAAUUGUGUUUCAAACUCUGCUUUAAAAUUGUAAAUCCGUUCAAUUUCUCCAUCGUAAACAUAAUGAAGUGCCAUCGCUUCAUUGCAGUGUACGCAGCAGCUGCAUCCAGCAGUUUGUCAGCAACGGUCGCCAAGUGAUUGGGAUUCGUUGAAUUUUGAAAAUUUAAAGAUACCAACUUAUGUAACUUUCUGAAGCGAAGUUUGACGCCUAAACGGUAAAAGUUGUGGGACGAGGCUAAUUUCGAACGAAUCACUGGUGGGAUUAAGUUGUGCAUCAUAAGUUCUGUGAAUCCAGGCUUGAUUAUUGUUAAAGCCUUUGGUGGAAGACAGGGUUGUAUUUAAAAAAGCACAACUUGUUUUUUUCAUGAAAUUAUUGAAAAAAUCUGUUAAAUUAUAUGUUUAAUCCAAAUCAAUUCUUCGCAGUAUUGCGAGUAUCAUUCAAAAUUGGAUUAUAUUUGAGAUGAUGUUCUUGACUGAAAUUUAAGAUUCGAUUGAAGCUCACAUAAUAUCGUCUGAAUCGCCCAAAACUUGAUGAAAUUCGCCUAAAUUUGACAACAAAUUUUAUUUGCCUGAAUCUCAGAUGAAAAUCGUUUUUGAACACGAAUCGGCUCAUUGAUUUUUGGAAGAUCUUCCGCAUUUUUUAGCAGAGAUUCGUUAAAAUAUCCUCAUGUCAGAUUCCUAUCAGAUCUUGGGUAGUUUUUUCCUUCAUUAUUAUCCGAUAUUUGUUGAUUCGAACAAUGUGAUUCAACCAUCAUAAGAAGAUCAAAAUUAUUACAAGUUCUACACAGUAGGCUUGGGGUCAGUGCAAUUGAAUUGCAACGUCGUGGCAUCUGAUAGGUGACAGCCAAACCAAGCUGGCAUUGACGUUGAACAGUGUUGCCAUUUUCUUAUCAGCUGCCUCAUCAUAUAGUCGACUAGUGAUUUCUGAUGGAAGGCAGACAUUUUUCGUCCACCAAUUGUCUCGAUGUGUUACAAUGAGAUCAAACAUCGGCAUCAGACAGUGGCUUUUAUCUGCGAUAAGGAGAAACAAAAUUUCCGCUUAUAAAACAAAUCACAGUUGUCACGCUGCGUAAACUUCUUUCGGCCAACAGACCUUGGUUCAGAUGAAUUGAAUGACAGAUUUUUAAAAGAUAAAAAUGGAAAUUAAUCUAAAUAAAAAGAAGAGAAUUGUACGUAAUGAAGCAUAGUAAUAAAAUGGCGGAAACCAAUCAAACAAAUGAUCUCCCGCGGUUAACCGUCUUUAACUGAAUCCGGAAAGCUGCUGUUCCACUUCCACGGGAGCUUCUUCCUUGCUGUGUGUGUAUUGUGUAUUUCCCUCCAUGAAAGUGGAUCCUAAUCUUAAAGAAGAAAACCGAAGUAACAACGUAUUCCAAAGAUUUUCGUGUCUGUCUUUUCAUAUAGAUAAAAACACAAACAUAAUCCCAACUGACGCCGGAAAAGCGCGAAACAGUCGCGGACGCUUGUUAAACUAUACCAGAAAUUGAAACACAUAUAACCAUAAAAAGGCAAUAAUGAUAUAAAAAAAAUCUCUCGCAGUGCAAGAAAACUUGCGUGAUUUGACUGAUGAUACCAAAUAAACUUAAUCGAAGCAAUCCGGGAAAAUGAAAAUCUCGAGCGAGCGCCGUCAAUUGACAGCAACACCAGAGACACCACACCAGCGGCGCGAAACUAUCAAUUGACAAUCGACGAAGCAAAAUUGUGUUUUCAAAUGCUCGAAAAUUAAUAAAAGCAAAUUGAUCUCUCUUAAAAGGUGUUGUUUUCGGUUGAAAAGAGUGAAAAUCUCAGCGUGUUAUUCGGUUUGAUUUGUCUGAUUUUUCUAUACAUUUACGAUACACAAGCACACAUGCAGAGUAAUGAAACAAAAAAAAAGUUUUUUUUUUUUUAAUUGAACCAAACAGUGAUGGCGUCACUUAGUUCGGGUAAAUCCGCGAAAUAAAAGACUAAAUUUUUUGCCUAUUUAUAUGUACAAAAGUAUGAAAUUAAAGGAUCAUGUGAACCGUAAUUAACCUUUUGUGGGUAAUAUUGUACACGUCGUAAACUUUUGCAGAAAACUUUUUUUUCACGAGGUAGGGACAUUAGUGCUAAAAACCAACUGAUUAUCACAAUUGUGUAUGUUAAUACGAGUAACAUCAAGUUAAGGCGGCAUCAUAGAACAUCAACUAACGAACCUAUAUAGGUGUGAGUUUUUGUAAGCAAUGAUUUUCGGUAUUAAGAAACGACGAUAAAAACUUUCCUCCUUCUUGUUACGCUUUAAACAACUGCUUGAAACAACUAACUAAACAAAACAAUUAUACAUUGUUCUAGACGGCAAAAGCUGAUACACACACAGACACCCACGCCCAAACCAACACAAUUGUUCGAUAUCCCUCCACUAAAACAUCAGAAGCAGAAGAAAAUUUUCACACAGCCAGUCCAAAACCUAGUUUCGCAAGAUGGGUGGGGUGAAGUGACGCUCGUACGCACACGCACACAAAUUGAGCAACGCGUCCGACUCCGAUCCCGGGCGAUCAUCGAAGUAGGCUCUGUCACUUGAUAGCUAGGCCAGUGGCGACGCGUCGCGAACACGUAGACAAGCAAUUUUUUUAAAACUUUAAAUACCGUACGAGAGCGAAAAAUACCAAUACUAAAUCAUUACAGCCUGUAUGUGUGCGUGUGUAGCGGCGUGACAAACAAUAGUGAAGCGGAUAAUUAACUCUAAUCGGCUGUAUUGUGUGUUUUAAAAGCGUAGUAGAGUGAUUUGAAACGUAAACGUAGAAGAACGAAGAAAUUUUCGAUCUUUUUUUCGAUCCGUAGCAAUUCCCGUAAGUAACCCCGUAAUUUUUCACAACUCAAAAUUAACACUAGAGGAUAAUCAUAGAAAGAGAGAUGUAUAUAAACAAGUCUAGUGGCGCUGAAUGUGUUGUCACGAUAAACGAUGUAAACGAUAAGAUGAUUUUAGCGAGCGUGUGCCUGCAGAAGAAUGAACAGUUUUGUUUGCGCUCAUACACAAACGUCUAUUGCGGGCAUUUCGCGACGGAGCAUUAAAGGCGACCACAAUUCGAUCUAUCUAAAACGAUCAAAUCUGACCGUUUAAAUGUCAUUCAAUUCAGGACGGCUCCGUCGGAAAAUGCUAGACAGACGAUAGAGAGGUGUGGUGAUCUAAAACACGGGGAAAGCAAGGAAAAGCGAUUCUUUUGAAUGGCGAAGUGCAGAAAAGGACGCAUAACACAGCAGGAAGUGAAGCAAUUUCAGUAUUUUUGGUUACCGAUGAAGAGGACUUACACAGCACUCUUACACAAUUAGAAGAAGCUUUUUCUCUCCAUCACAAUGCUUUGUAUAGAGUUUUGUUAGUAAAUAUUCGUAUGUUUCAACAGAUGAGCCAACUAAUAAUGCUACAACAAUUCACAAAGCAAACAUUUCUUAUUAAAUAUUAUUAAAAGUCACUACAGCGUCUUUCUCAUUAUGAUAAGUUACGAAUAAACAAAGCAAAAACAGCGACUAGACGCGUCUGUUUACAGCGGUACCCGUUUACGGUUUUGUUUUUUCUUGAUACGGGAAGUUAGUUUUGAACGUGUGCCGCUGAUAGGAUCUUGUACUAUUUUACCUUAUUUAUGGGCCAUUUAUACCUAAGAUUAUACAAUUAUUAUUUUUUUUAUUUUUGGGAAAGCAUUCGAGCGAAGCUUUUACCGUUUAUUAUCUCUGUUGCAUUAGCAAAUACAAGAAAUAAUAUCAGCAAACCACAUUUUGAUUAUUAUAUUUUCUCUAAACUGUAAACAAAAUCAAUAUAUUACGAGUUAAGGCAACACAGGAGAUGGAAGACGACAGAGUAAGAGAAAAAUUGUACCAUUUACAUAUAACUAUAUAUGUCCCUAGAAAAUAAUUAUUUUACACAUAGACACACUAUCUUAGAUUUACAAAUAUAUAUUCAUAUACAUUUAUUUCUUUUUUGUUAACAUAAUUUUUAUUUAUUUAUUUUUAGAACGUCGGAAGCUUAAUAGUGAAAAGUUUAGCAUAAUUUUACAACACACACACUCCCAUUUACACUGAAGAAAAACGAAAAGGCAAAUCAGAAGUACACUACCACACAAACACUUUUCAAUGGAAACUAAAACAAACAUCAUCUGGAUGACAGUUCAGAAUGUAAAUAACCAAGAAAAAUGAAAACAAUAAACAGAAAUCAAAGCAACCCGAGCGAAAGCUAGUUGUCAAAUAAGAACUCACCUUCUCACUUUGAAGCAUAAACCGACGACCAGCACGGUGGGGGCAGGACCUCCUCUUGCGGCGCGGCCGUAAAUGACCGAUUAGAUUUCACCUCUUUCCAAAAUUGUUUUUCCCUGCACAUUUUCCACACAAACCCUUAACACACACACACACACUAACACACAAGUGAGGACACUGUUGAAAGCUUUGAAAUCGAAGAAAUGGACCUGCUGGACUGGCAACCGGGACGUCAUCGGUGGGGCAGUGUUGCGCGUUUCACGUUCCAAAUUUAGGACAAUUUACCCUAUUCGGCCAAAGCAGUGACAAAAUGCAAGUGCAAGCGAAACACGCCCUCAAACCGACGACGUCGAAGGACCACCGUCCGGCCUGAUCCGUUUUUCAACUGUAGCAAAAAUAUAAAUGGAAAAAAAGAAACAGAAGGUGUUAUAAAUCUAAUGAUGAACAGAUGAUUGUUAUCCGAUUUAAGUUUCCAAUUUCUGUAGAUACAAAAAGGAGAAACCAGGACAAAAAGAAGAUGAUCUAACUAAAUAUAAAUGUGUAUAUUCUGCAAAGAAAAAAUAAAACUUGUAAAACACACAAAAACUGAAACAGAACGAUAUUUUUUCUCUUCUACAUAUAUAGCUUUUAGUUGGUAGAGUUUAGUUAACCCCUCGUUCCCCCUCACAAAAACAUCUCCUCGUUCAUCGUGGCUAUCCCAUAAUUCCCCUUUCAUCAUUGAUUUGUUUUGGAUGUACAUAUCGUAUAAAUUUUGACCUGGCUUUCCGUUUUAACAAACACUUCUUCUAAUAUCAUUUUCAAUUCGGUUAUGAGAUUCCAAUUUCAAACCAUUAAAAGUUAAGCAAACACGAGAGAAAUAAGUAAUGCCACUCAAAAAGCAAAAGCAACCAAACCAAGUUGGACUUGCAUAAAAUGAAACAGCGGAGAAGUGCGAGCGAAAGAUCACCCGCUUGAAUCGUGGAUCUAUACAGAAUGAUAAUGAUGAGUGAAGUGAGUAUCCUACCCCCAGAAAAUGUUAAGGAUCAAUAAUGGCAACAACAGCAGCAACACAACUUGAAUGACGAUGAUUAACAACUUCACGAUAACGAUGAAAAUGAAGAAGAAAAUGAUGAUUUUGUUCUAAGUCGAUUUAAGGACAUACAGUUUUUUUUUAGUU